UUUUUUGACAUUACUGGCAAAGAUUUCACGUAUUUUCGUUGCGUACUCUAAAAAAAAAUUAUAAUUUUAAUAUGUUGUACAGUGCUUUCGUCAUAAUUUCUUCAUAGAAAUUUUCAAGGAAUCUAUAGUCUAUUCUUAUAGCCUAUUAGUUCUUUUUGCAAAGACUUUUUAGUGCUAAAUGUUAAAAUACUAUAUCAGAUGAUUUGUGAGCCGUGUGAAAUUUGUAUGUUAAAAAAUUGGGGCUGUUCGUUAACUGAAACAAAAGCAGAUAAUUAGAGUAAUUUUUACAUACUUAGCCAGGAAAACAGAAAUUUAUCAGAAAAAAAAACCAAGUGCGUAAAUUAUAUAUUUUGAAAGUUGGACGACACAACUUUGAUAUGUCUUCGUCUAUAUUGAAUAUUAUUCAACAUUACCAAAAGAGUAUUGAGCAUUCCCAGCACGAUGAAACCAGACUUAUGCAUUGUAUCAAUAAGUUGUACAACUUACCGGUAAAAGUAGAGCAUUUGCAACAGACUGGCGUUGGAAAAACAGUAAAUUCGCUACGGAAAUUUAAUGGGGAGAUUGGUGUGGCUGCAAAAGCUUUAGUCACCAAGUGGAAAGCUAUGGUCGCCGCAGAAGAGGAACCCGCAGAUGCCGACAGUUGUCAAGGUAACGAAGAUGAUGAUAUGAACAAUGGAAACGGGCAUAGCUCAAGCGAUGAUGAUCACUACAAUCAUAAUCAUAGCGAAAGCAAAAGAACAGCGCAUGAACAUGUUUCUAAAAUUUCAUCUAAAAAAGGCGCGUCAAACGAUCGAGACUCAAAGUAUAGAGAUAAAUCAAAAGCAGAACACAAAACUAAAUCGAGCAACGAGGAAAAAUCACAUAAAAGUUCAUCAAGACAUAAUAAACGGCAGGAACCAGAGGAAAAAGAAAUGUCCUCUACAAAGAAAGUCAAAUCUGAACGAAUUAAUGAGAACAAAAAAUCUGAAACUGAUCAACGGAAGUCAACAGAAGAGAAAUCGAGCCGUCAUGGCGAAAGUAGUGAGAAACAAAACUCAAGUAAGGAUGCAAAAACUACCUCGCCAUUUGCGUCGAAUCAUCACAAAAGUAGUGGUAGUUCAAGAGAGAAAAGAGAAAAUCAUAAGGGUGAAAAACGAAGUGAACACUCUAGCUCAUCUAAGCAUCAAUCAAAGUUAGAAAAAACAAACAAACACGAUGAGAGCGGAAAGCAUAGAUCGCCCAAGGAGAAGGAGAAGCCCGAUCGAUCAAAAGAGAGCAAACAAGAUAAAAUUAGCACUUCAUCGAAAGAUACCUCACACCGCGAAAAACAUCACAAAUCUUCCACAUCACAUUCAUCGAGCUCUGCUGGCAAGCCCGUAACGUGUAAAAGCGAACAAUCCUCUUCGUCGUCAUCGCAUAAGAAAUCAGAAAGCAGCAGCACCAGCACCAGCAGAAAACGCCAAUUGGAUGAUGAUUCGAAUGAUGCGGCCCAGCCAAAAGCAAAGCUAACGAAAACUCCAAAAACGACAAAGGUAAAAUCGAUUUCUAAUGAUGAAGAAGAUGAUGUUGAGCCCGACAAUGGCAUCGAUUCAUCAAUGGGAGCGAAUUUCGCCGAUGUCUUGGGUAUGCUUAAUAUGCCGACGAAAAAAGCAAAAAAAAAUUUAAAUAACAACAAAUCGCCCACUGUCAAUACGCCGCGUAGCAGUGGCAAUGAAAAACCCAGCACCAGCAGUAAUUCCAUUAAAAAUACUAUAAAUGAAUAUAAGCCAAGUACGACCUCCUCAUCAUCAAAUUCAACAAAACCAAAAGAUGCGAAACCAGAGCUUUUAUCAGCUUCAGCGAAGUUGGCACCUCUUGAUCCCAGCAUUGCACUAGAACUGCCAACGAUUUCAGCCAAUUAUAGACCGCUGCCACAGAAUAAGACUGUAAUGGAUUGUAUUUAUCGAAAUAGUGGAGCGGUACUUCCCACACCCAAACCAGUACGUAUACUCACAGAUGAUGAAGCCAUAAGUCACGGUAUUUCUUCAAAGCAAAUGCGAACCAAAAUCUAUUCAGGUGUUAGGAGUGGACAAUUGUUUCAAGUGCCAGCACUAUUUGACUUAUGUACACGAGUUUUGCAGAAGAAUAUCGAUGCACUUGAAUAUACAGGAGGCGUGCCAUUUGAUGUGCUGCGGCCGGUAUUGGAACGCGCUACUCCACAUCAACUACUCAUUUUCGAAGAAUACAAUCCGUAUUUGAUGGAUGAUAGCGAUUGUUUGUGGCAAAUACAUGUUCAGCGAAAUUAUCGUUCGAAUAAACGCUUAGAAAUGGAAACCUGGCGUGAGAUGUUCUUGCGUUGCGAGGACGAAAAAGAGCAAAAAUUGAACAGCCUAACGGCGACCAUAAAACAGUCGCAGAAAAUAAUUGCUGCACCAGUACGAAAGACACAAAUGGCAUUUGUUGAUGCAUUGGUUAAGCCACCACGUAAUGUGUUGCGUAAGCAGGAACAAUAUGGCACGAAAGGAAAGCUUGUUGCCACGCCAGCUGCACGAGUUGCAGCGCUCUCUAGUGUCACACCGAAUGCAGGCAAAGUGGGAGAUGCGCGCUUGCGCGUGGCGGCAAGCGUACGCGAUGCUGCACAAGUUUCUCAUGCGCCUAUACGCGCGAAGAAGGCACCACUCAUGGCUAAAACACUACAGUUUAUGCGUGGACGUCAUAAGCGUUAAAUUAGCACAGGGUGUUGUUGAUCUUGUGUUCGUAAACUCAUUGUUUCAUAAGAUAAGCAUAUUAUUAUGACAUUCACUGUUUAUUUACGCUGUAAUAAAAUUAUCGUGUAACUUUACGAUAUGACCUAUUACAGACAUAAAGUAGUUGCAAACUCCUUGUGAGUAAUAAGAUAACGCAACACUCUAUUUAAUAAUA